AACGGGACCUCUUGCUAUGUCUAUCCAGAGUCCUUGACACAUUUUGGGCAACCAGUCGACGACACGCCAUCCAUCCUGCAGGCUUUCGAGCUCUGUGGCACUAAUGGGUCGGUGAUUCUGACAAACAACACUUUCUACGUCAACCAGGUAAUGAACACGACUGGACUGACAAACUGCAACGUUGAACUCCAUGGCGAGAUGGUAUGGAGCACCAAUAUCCCUUACUGGUUAGGCCAUAGCUACUCAGUAGUCUAUGCCAAUUUGUCAACAGCAUGGUUCUUUGGUGGGGAGAAUGUGACCUUCAAAGGCUUUGGCACUGGGAGAUUCAAUGGCAAUGGCCAAGCAUGGUACGAUGAAAACCGCAAUAACAGCAAUCAACCAGGCCGGCCCAUCGCGUUCACGAUUCUGAAUACCCAGAAUCUUUGGAUGGACGGCGUAACGUGGAGUCAAGCACAGUUUUGGCAUUCUUUCAUCUCUCACUCGCAGAAUGUGACGAUGUCAAAUAUCUACAUGAACUCCACUAGCAACGACGAAUGGUUCACUGUCAACACCGACGGCACGGAUACCUGGAAUUCUCAAGAUGUCUUCUUCUACAAUUGGACUGUUCAAGGAGGUGAUGACUGCAUCGCCAUGAAAGGCAAUAGCACAAACAUCAUAUCGAAGAACAUCACCUGCUAUCGUACGCAUGGCAUGCCGAUUGGCUCUGUGGGCCAGGAUCCGACUCAUCCGGACUUCGUGCAAGACAUAGUCUAUGAGGAUGUCCAUCUCAUCAACUCGACGAACGGUGCCUGGAUCAAAGCCUGGCAAGGUCAAUCAUCAUCCGUCAGCAGUAAUGGAGACUCAGGUGGCGGUGGUGGCGGCUUCAUCAACAACGUCACCUACCGGAAUUUCAAACUUGAGAACGUGGGUCAACCUAUCAGCAUAACUCAGUGCGUUUACGGAAGCGACCCCAGCGUCUGCGAUACCAGCAAGCUACAAAUCUCCAAUGUGACCUGGGAGAACAUCACGGGGACAUCUCACUUUGACGUCGGUUCGAUCAUCCACUGCUCUCCGCUGGUGCCAUGUCCAGGCAUGAAGUUCAUCGAUGUCAACAUCACCACCGUCAAUGCAUCGCUGGGAAGGCCAAGCUUACCUCAGGUGAAUCUUUGCGCCAACAUGAUCGAUCAGAAUGCGACCGGCACCCUGGCGACUGACAUUCCUUGUGAUGGGUUUGCUCCAAAUGAUAUGCCGAAUGUACUUUACCGCAACUGGCCAGAGCUUCUGACGGAGGUCAUACUCAGUGUCACGGUCCCCACGGCUCAACGGGAUAAUUGUUUGCAUCCAGGACCUGAUCCAGCGGCCGCUGGUUGCGCUCCGCCACCGUACUAGAAUGCUUGACGGGAAAGAAGUUGAGCUGAGAUGUUGCGAACACUGUACUAACUACUAGCCUUACCAAGCAAAGAUCCGAAUGCUGGCAGUUCCGUUCGCUGAUGAUCGUCAUCACCGUAGUACUUAGCCAGCCGCUAUAAGUCCCACUUACACUCUGAGCAGUACAGAGUCAAUCUAACAGAUUGAAACGUUUGCGGGAUCAUGUGCCUCCUUACGGAAGCCGGUAGUGAUCAAUCACGACUGACCAGACGACAUGUCAUGCUUUCACCGGCGACAUCAUGAGAAUGGAAACG